GAGCGUCGGGUGAAUAGAGUGGGUUGAAAACAUAAAAUAAAAAAUGGCGAAACUCGGGCUGCAGUUUGGGCGUGAAAACGUCCCCCAGCGCGGGUUCGGUGUCGUUUAAUGAGCUGGAAGUUAUAAAGUUCACUUACGGAAACCUGCCGGAGAGGUCGGAUGAAGUCCGUCGAGACGCUCUGAGGGAUAUGGUUUUGGACAUGCUGACGUCUCCCCAAGAGCAGAGCCCUCCUCGUGUCACUCCGAUGAAGGAAGACAGCCGGAAUUCCCCGUCUGCCCUUUGUCCCAGCCACCGCAAUGGCCGUCUUCCUCAGGCUGUUCCUCACGCUCCUGUUUUACACUGCUCUGACGAUCCAGGAAGUUCCUCAGCAACCCAAAGUCCAAAGACGUUCAGGACGAGCCUCGGCGACGGAGCCGACCCUUCAGAGCAGAAACUGUACUCGGAUACAUUCGGCACGGAAAGACCGCAAGACGGAGAGGAGAGUCGACUCGGACAGACGGAAGAUAAACCCACAAGAUCCUGUAAACGCAAGUUGGACUUGACAUCGUUAUCUCUAGGCUCAAACGAUGCCACUAAAUCCCAGGAUUCUGAGAAGAAAGGUCCGGAAAGUCCUCCGCCGGCAAAGAGAUGGGUGAUCGGCCCUCUUUUCCAGUCGUUCAAAUCCAAGAUGGCGAGUUUCACGGAGAUCGUCAUGAGUCCCGUCCGACUUUUCAAACCCAACGAGCUUCCGGCCGGGUCGGACGACGGACCUCCUUCUGUGACCACCGAGAACGAUGAGGGCGAAGGAACCGACGGCAAAGAAGAGCAGAUAAAAUCGCCAGUCGUUCAGAGGCUGAAUUUUGACACCGAAUCAAUUACAGUGAGCGAUUCGGAGCAGAAUAAAGUUACGAUUUUACAGAACGGGUCAGAACGCAGAGGAGACUCGAUCCCAGAGGACGGUGGUACUUUUGGUUUGUUGAACCCCACAAGCACCAGGACGAGCCUUAGAGAAGGUUCUGAGAAAGCAAAGCAGGAGUCGACCGUUUUGUGUGAACCGAAGACGUCACACGAGACAACAGAGCACGAAGGACAGGCAGAGAAGAGUGAAGUCCCAGCCCAAAACCAGCCCUUACCCAAAAAGUUAAGGCUUCCAACUCUGGCUGUCGGAAAGAGGAAGAAAGGCAGAAGACUGGACAUGUGUGAACGAGAGGAGAUGGUGGAAAGUGUGGGGGGGGGAUGCACAGUUGGAACAUUGGGCCGAGAGGAAGGGGAAUCUCCAGCGAUCACGCAGACCAAGACGUUGGAGAACGAGACGCCGGUUCAGACUCUUAACCCGAGAAAGCCUCGAGUCUCAGUUAAUCGCAUUAGCAUUAGCAUGUGCAACAGUGGAGGUGUUCAAACGUCAGCCUUAAGACCUCGUAAUUCCUCAGAGGGAGAGAGAAUCGGGCUGAAGCGAGCAUCCAGAAGUAGAAGUAAAACAGAAAACGACGUGAAAUGUACGUUAGUGGCCUCGGACUUCGCGAGCGAUUCCACCACAAGUAUCUCUCCCGAUCAUCUCGGCACAAACGGAAUAAACAAUUCUACACCAGCAGGAGGUCCUCCGUCGACAGGUACCUGCGCGACGAGACGUCGUAAGCAGGCCAAACCGAACGGAGAGAUUAAACCUGACAUCGCGGGAAGCCGCCGCGGCGAUCCGACCGAGCGGUUGAGGUCAAGCGACGGAGCAUCAGAUUCCAAACUGACGCGAAGGAACGACGUCUGUCGGGCAAAGCGGAAAACCGAGACUUCCGCUAUGCAGAACGCUAAAAAGACGCACGUUAGGAAGACGAGAAGAGUUAAAAGAGACGUGGACGCGUUUGAAGAUCAGGGGAUGUCGAUGUCUCUGACGCUGAAGGUAGGAUCCGGAUUGGACGGGGAAAAGGACGCGGACCCUGUCAUGACCUGUGGAUUAACGACAAAGGGCAGGAAAACAGGAGACGGUGCGAUUCGAGCGGACGCUUCCUGUCCAACCAGGACAACGCCCGAGGGCCAUUUGUGUGUGAAAGAUUACCGGUUAACAGACGGACGUGUCGAGAAGCCAGAGGCUGACCGUCCGACGAGGUGGUGUGUGUAUUCAGAGAGACGAGAAACACAGGAAGAGCUAGAAAACGAAGACGACCCAAACGCAUGUCCGACGUCUUCAGGCUCGAACGGGCUCAAGCGCAGCCUCUCGUGCCCAGACAUCACCUCGCUCCAGCACGGGAACGUCUCCCGUACGGCUCCCGUCCACGACAAAACGCUGUAUCCUUCCUCUCCCCCGAAAAAGGGACCUCAUGUGAACGUGAUCGUCCCGUCUCCGAUCAAGCGAACCCGCAGACACACGGUGUGCAGCUUAGAAAUGGCGCGCGAGAUCGCCCCCUUGUGUCUCCGCAAGGAAGUGUAUCCCACAUGGGGCAGCGGUCCGAAACAUUCAUACCCACUCUCUCCUUCCAAAUCCUUGGCGUUCCUCGUCUCCUGUUUUUUAUCGAGCCCACUGGCGUUCCUGUCCAAGAAGUCGAGCCGAGGACACGGCGACGACAGCGGAUACGGAGCCGGCGGUAGCGACCUCGCUGUGUCGUCAUCGUCGUCGUCGUCUUUUCCUUCGCCACCUUCUCUAAGUUCUCCCGCUACCUCUAGGAUGACCGGCGGAUCUGCUUUCUUCGCCGACGCUCCGUGCGCCAGUGAUCAAUCCUCCCUGUCCUCACGCUGCAGAACGCAUCUGAUGUUUUCUCUUCCCAGUGUGUUCGAUGCCGUAUCCAUGGUGACCGACGAAGCUAUGGUUCAGCAGGAAGAAAACGGGCAAAUCUCGGCUGUAUCGGAGGAGAAAGCUUUUUCUGACUCGGAGAUUAAGACUGACAACAAACAAGUGGAGCAGAGAAAAGUUUCCUCCAUCCGCAUCCGCAAGACUCUUCCCAAACCACAGUACAAUUUGACUCCGAUGGGUCUCCCCAAAGCCGUUAGGAUAAAGAAGAAGGUGUUUAGCGUGGAGGAAAUCUACACCAACAAGAACUUCAGCAAGCCUCCUGAAGGGCGCUUAGAGACCAUAUUCGAAGUCCCUCUCAGCCGGCGAGACGGUUCCCAGUCCCUGAUCGGUCCGAAACGGGUGAAGAGAUUUGUCGUGUUUCCAGAACUGGGCGUGGCCAGGAAACCAAGGAGGUCUCUGUUUGGUGGAGCAGGAGGGGGCGGAGCUCAGAGAAAAGCAGCAGGGAAUCCCGGGACCGGAAGAACCCGCAGGGGCAGAGAGGAAGAAGUGGUUCAUCUGCAGGACGUCGAUUUGCUCCUGUGCACAAAACUAAACGAACUGGACGUGUGGAUGGCGAUGGAACAGAUGGUUUACUGAAACCUUCGCGGUCCCGCCCGUGCUCCUGCUCGCGAGUACGUACGGUACGGGCGCUCGUACGAGGGGCGGUCCGACGGCUGCGAACGCUUCUAAAGUUUUCCUGAGGGAUUGAAGAGGGCACUUAGCUUCAUGUCUCGUUCCUGUUCCAGACUUCAGACACGGAUUUAAGUUCUCUGUGCUCGAUUCAGCGUCUGUCUCGGUGUCGUAUCUCACUCGCAACACACUACUUUAUACUGCAAAAAUACUGACGCGUCGUGCGUUCUAUUAGAAAACCGUGACCUAGUCACGGAGAAGCCGACACAUGACUCGCUCACCGUUCAGGCGCUGUUGUUAGGCAACGGGGAAACGAACCAGAGGUCUGAUGAAGUCAUAAAUGCCACAAGGGUGAGCUGUUUACACGCCGAACACGACGUCCGCUCCUCUCGUCAGAUAAAGUUUCUUUUUCUAAAACGUUCCGGAUCGUAUUCCCGUCAGGACGUCCCUACGAGCACUUAACGUCGAUCCGCUCGAUACGAGAUCACAGCCAAUAAUAAUCAGACGUCCGGUACCGAAUGUGGAUGGAUAGAUAGAUAAAUAAAUAAAUGGACGCACCGUCCGUCGUUUAUUAGUCACGAGGUUCCUGAAUAGUUCGCUCGUUCUCUCAGGGAACGUCCUCGUCGUCCUCGUCGUCGUUUUGUAUAAACACUUGUGUAAAAUAGGAUUACAGGAUUCUGUCGAUCGUGUUGUGUUUUUUUUUUUGUUUUUUAUUUUUUAAAUCUAUUAGCUCAUGUCCAGUCACAGCUCUGUUUAUAAUGUCUGCGUUUUCUCUCACGCCGAACAAAAACUAGUCCCAUCACACCGUCCGUCGUGUUGUCAUGUGUUUAUUAUUAUUAUUAUUAUUAUUAUUAUUAUUUUUAAAGUUAAGUAAAUGCAAACCAUCUACAAGAAACGUGAAGGUGAAAUGUCCUGUGUUCUAUAUACUGUAUAUAAAACCUGUCUCUUUUUUUUAUGUUUAUACUUAUUAAAUUGAACAUUUGCUCGUAAA